UAUAUAGGAUUUGUGCAUAGACCGGAGACGAAACCGGCUAAAGCUUUGUCCUCAUGAACCCUAAAGGUAGAAUAAGUCUCAAACGUUCAAUCACCGGUCAUCAUGGUUCGAUCUUACAGCUACACCUCUUUCUCCUACUCUUCUCCGGCCAAGCUUCGGCUCAAGCCACUCACGGCGGUUCAGAUAUGUAUAGAGAAAGCUCCCGGUUCGACCCAACCAUGGCAAUACUCAUGAUCGUCCUCGUCAGCGUUUUCUUCGCUCUAGGGUUCUUCUCCGUAUAUAUCCGUAGGUGCCUCGAGCGAGUCAUGGGGAUGGACAACACACACCCCGCUGAUGCCGGCGGAAACUGGCUUUCUCUGAGCCGCCCGCAGGCGCGUGGACUUGACGCGUCUGUCAUUGAGACUUUUCCUACGUUCAGAUACUCAACGGUGAAAACGCUUAGGAUUGGCAAAGAGGCCCUUGAGUGUCCUGUCUGCUUAAACGAGUUCGAAGACGCUGAAAGGCUGCGUUUGAUUCCUAAAUGUUGCCACGUGUUCCAUCCUGGUUGUAUAGAUGCUUGGCUUCAGUCUCACCCAACGUGUCCUCUUUGCCGCGCUAACCUCGUCCCCGUACCGGGAGAACCGAUUGUUUCUAUCCAGAUACCCGGUUUAGCGGAUGAAGCUCCCGGUUCUGAGUUAACCGGUGAUCGGAUUACGGUUUUGGGUUCUCCGGAUGCGAGAUUAAUUGACUCAGUGGCCUUAACCGGUAACCAGAGUAUGCCACGUAGGUCUUUGUCUACCGGAUGGAACUUAGCCGGAGUUUUCACCAAUUCUGAUUGGACUGGUCAACAUGGAGAGAAUCUAGACCGGUUCACGCUUAGGUUACCGCAAGACAUUUACAAUAAGCUAGUGAACCCAAGUUUUUCAAAAGGUCACGUGGCGUUACCUCAGGUGAUGAGUUCAGCGAGAGGGUACAGAACCGGAAGCCUAGAGACUGACACAAACUAUUUCUACUAUGAACGGUUUGACCAAGGUGGUCGGUUAGACCGUAGACCAUUUUCCAUGACUCCUCCGUACAGGACAGGUUCGAUCAAUACGUCUCCGGGUGGCAGUGGUGAUCAGGUGCGUGCUGGUACACCAAAAGGUUUGCUUCUAGCGAUGAAAUCACCGUUCGAUCGGUUGUUUCUUGGAAAGAACAACAUUGGUGAACGUUCAUCAAACAACAACAUCGGUGAACGUUCGUCGGAUCACCUUCGUGCCGGCAACGCUAGCCAUCUGACUGUGUAGAUCAAAGUCGCAUAGUUGGUUGUUUAAGGAACUCUUACUACAUAUUUUAUUUUUAUUUUCGCAUUCUGUAUGUUCAGUUUAAUUUUGCGGAACGAGGUCCGCUCUUUGAUUUUUUUUUUCUGCGGGUCAAUUAUUUUUAAAAAAACUAGUAUAUAACUAAUUUUUUUUGUUUUUUUCUUAACGCUGAUUUAUUAUGAUAAUAUAAUUAUGAUAUGAGAAAAAUUACAUCGAAGAUUCGACAACCGAUAAUAUUACAUGCCUUAUAAGGAUCUACGCCUAAUUACAUCACAUGAGCCGUGCUAUAAAGAUCCACGACUGACCAGAUUUACCUGCACCAUGUUGAAUAUCAUUUGUAACGUUUCUUUCGUAGUUUGCAUAAUUAUUUAAUAAAUCGUUUUCUGCGGAACUUGAAACAUGGAUUUCCUGUAAUCUGCAAGAAAUUACAUAGUCUGGAUUUCGAAUCUCAUACCUGAAUGUAGAAGUCUUUAAAAUUUAACUAGUAGGCUAUGAUGCUUCCACAAAUUUUUUUUAGUUUAAACCUAAAAAAAAUUGAGAUGUGAAAGGAUGGUAUCUGAAAUCUUUUUAUAAACUCUUGAAAUGAGAAUUGGUACCUCUUUAAUUUAUUUUUCAGUGUGUUAGAUACUCCGCUCGUCUCUAUCCCAGCAAUGAAAAUUUUCUAAUAAUUGUGGUUGUUUGUUCGAAUGCAUCACGAUAUUCCUAGAUAGUCCCCCAAAUCAGUACAACGUAAUGCGGCUAAGCUUUAGACCAAUAUAAAAAAAUACUCUAUUUUAUUGUUUCGAGAAAUAGUUUGAAUUUCGCCUCAAAAUCUAUUUUUUGUUUAUCCCAAAAAUGAAAUUUCUUUGGUCCAGCGAUAAAAGAAUUAAAGGUUUUACAUCAGAUCUAGGUUUUCGAUUCUUAAAAAUAGUCUAAUAAUUUAUGAAUACAAAAUAAAUUAUAAAAUGGUGUAGUUAAAAUUAUUUGAAUAUGAUUAUGAAUGAGAGAACAUGAACUUUGGUGGUUUAUGCUAAUGGCAUCGUUAUGAGACCAGCUUCUCAUGUAUAUAAAAGGAGGUGUUAGUGGAACUUAAAUUUAUAUAAAUUUUGAUAAUUUUAAAAUUUGAUAUAUUUGUUAAAUUUAGAAAUAGUUGGAGAGAUUUUGUAUAUUGUUAAAAUCUGCAACAAUAAAAUAUUAUAAUUAUUUAAGAAUCCAAGGAGUAUAUGUAGUAUUUUCAAAUCUUGUUUACUGAGUUAAAAUGUUAAAACAACUCUCAAUAACUCUAAUUUUAAUAUUUAUAAAAUUAUUAAAAUCGAAAACUUUUGAAUAAAAAUAAUUUUUUAUAGAAUUAUAAAAUUAUCAAACUAAUAACACUAAAUUUUAAUGAGAAAGUGAAAAUCUAUAAAUCAAUAACUUCAAGAUUGAAAUAGUCACAAUACAUCAAAUUCUCACUAACAUCCCCAAAACCUAUUGUCGAAAUAGAUGUCAAAAAAAAUAUUGUUGAAAUAAUAAAAUUUAAUCUAGAAAAUUAUGUAAGCUUAUUGUUACCACAAAACAUUACGUAAGCUUAAAGUUAUUAAGACAACUAAUAACCAAGAUGUAUUAGACUGAGACUAUAAUUCUCUACUAAAUUCUAUUCCGCGCGGUUCUGCGUGAUUAUUUUUAUUUAAAUUUAAAAUUUAAAUUGUAAAAUUUUAAUUUUUUUAUUCGAUGAUAUUUACACAUUUGGUGUAAAUUGUUUUUUUUGUUUUUCCUGAAUAAAUUAGAUUGUUUGAAUGGGUAUUGAAUUAUAGUUGAUAAUUUAACAUUAUCACUAUAUGUGUAGUUGGAAAUUAUAUUUAUCAAACAAUAUAAAAAAUUAUAUUUCACAAAACAAAUUAUUGUAAUUUUUUAGUUUAAUUUUUUUUAGUCUGACACAUAUGAACAUAAUAUAUUUUAAAUACAUAGAUUUAUAGUUUUAAAAAUAAAUUAAAUAGUUUGAAUAUAAUAAAAUAAUAUAUUUGACAAAUGAACAUAACUUGAAUGGGUAAAUAUGAAACAAAGAAAUAAUUUAAUCUUUUUAUAUCUUUUUUUUAACACAGAUAGCAUACAUUACAUCAUCGUAUAAUCUCUAACUCAAUUAGACAUUAUCAUUAACCAAAUGCCACAUAUGCGAUAUUGAUGUACAGUUCCACAUAUAAUGAUUCCACGAUGAACCUCUCUCCAAAUCACUUCGACGGAUGGUUCUACAUGUACGACAUUCUCGAUGGAAAGGCUCUCUGUACAGUAAACGGCCACAACGAAAGGAUCUGCCUAUGGUAGUCUGGAAACCUGAAAACUUGCAUCCUAUGAUAUGCAAGAAAAUAGUCUGAGUUCCGAAUCCCAAACCUAGAUAUAAAAGCCUUUAAACCUUACUCAAUAGCAUAAAGUGCUUCAACAGAAAUAAUUUAAUCUAUAUUAAUAUUAUUAGAAAAUAAAAUAAAAAUGAUAGAAUAAUUAAAAAUGCAUGAAUAGCUUCCAGUUUUGAAUGGCUUAACAUUUAUAAGAAAGGUUAUGGGAAUAAGGGAAGCCAUGGAAAAAGGUUUAGGCGAUUUGUUUGUGUGGAUUUUUGUGAGUGGGAACUGUCGAUGACUUAAAUCCUAUAUUUAUAGAGUUUAGAUUAGUUUUUGGUUAGUUUAAAAUUUCGAAAAUAUAGUAAUACUAAAGAUUUACAUGAAUAUAUGUUAUUCCAAAAACAAUUUUAAAUACUUGCAAAGAUAUUUUAAUUUAUUUUUAUAAUUUCAACUAAAUUAAACUAUUAAUGUGUCUUAUAUUACUCAAAUAUCUUAAGGAAAGUAUAUAAUUUAGCCAGAUUGUUAGGAAUAUAUUUGUUUUUAUUAAGAUUUAGAUAGAAGUAACUGAUUAAGGUAUUCAUUUUUUAAAUGGGUGUAUACAUUAGAAUUUAAUAUAUUAACUUUAGGCUUAAUAUUUUGGCAUAUAUUAGAAUUUAAUAUAUUAACUUUCUGUUAUGUGUUUAUAUUUCGUUAUACUUCAUAUCUCGUAUGAAGUAAUCAAAAAUUAACUUUCAAAUAUCUAUGAAUUUUUAC